CCUCUGGAAACUGUCUCUCUCUCUCUCUCUCUCAACGAAAAUUCAGAGAGAGAACCAGAGAGUCACUCAGCUUCAGAUUUCUCUCUAAUGGCAUACUCAGCUUCGUCUCCUUCUUCUUCUUUCCUUCGCAGCUCGAUCACUUCGCACGACCUCAAAGCUCCAUGGAUCCGUUCAGUUCGUCUGUUGGAUAAAUGCUUGGUUCCAUCAGUGCCCAGAGAUUCUUACCGCAUGACAUUCUUAGUAAAACCAGUUUGCGCAGAACUGAAAAGGAGUGAUUCAGUAGUUCCUUUCGCUGCAACUAUGGUUGCUCCAGAAGUUGAAGAUAGGAUUGAAACUGAGGAUUACGAGAAAUUAGCAAAGGAGAUGGGACAUGCUUCCCCACUUGAAAUUAUGGACAAGGCCCUUGAGAAAUUUGGCAAUGACAUUGCCAUUGCAUUCAGUGGAGCUGAAGAUGUGGCCUUGAUUGAGUAUGCCAAGCUGACUGGUCGCCCCUUCAGGGUGUUUAGCCUGGACACCGGGAGGCUAAACCCAGAAACCUACCAGUUCUUUGACACUGUCGAGAAGCACUAUGGCAUUCACAUUGAGUACAUGUUCCCUGAUGGUGUUGAAGUUCAAGCUCUAGUGAGGAGUAAGGGACUAUUCUCAUUCUAUGAAGACGGACACCAAGAGUGCUGCAGAGUCAGGAAGGUUAGGCCGUUAAGGAGGGCACUUAAAGGUCUCCGAGCCUGGAUCACUGGGCAAAGAAAAGAUCAAUCUCCGGGUACAAGGGCUGAAAUUCCAGUUGUCCAGGUAGAUCCCUCUUUUGAAGGAAUGGAUGGUGGAGUUGGGAGCUUGGUGAAGUGGAAUCCCGUGGCCAAUGUGGAAGGUCGUGACAUAUGGAACUUCCUCCAAGCCAUGAAUGUACCUGUUAAUUCUUUGCACUUACAAGGAUACAUCUCAAUUGGAUGUGAGCCAUGCACAAGACCAGUCCUACCUGGGCAGCAUGAGAGGGAGGGAAGGUGGUGGUGGGAGGACGCCAAGGCUAAAGAGUGUGGCCUUCACAAAGGGAACACCAGACAAGAAGAGGUCGCCCAACUCAAUGGCAAUGGAAAUGAGAGUGCCAUGGUCACUGACAUCUUCAACAGCCAGAAUCUGGUUACUUUGAGUAGAGCCGGGAUAGAGAAUUUAGCUGGAUUGAAAAACCGGAGAGAACCGUGGCUUGUUGUACUAUAUGCACCAUGGUGCCGCUUCUGUCAGGCGAUGGAAGGAUCAUAUGUUGAAUUAGCAGAGAAGCUGGCAGGGAGUGGGGUGAAGGUGGGGAAGUUCAGGGCAGAUGGUGAGCAAAAGGCAUAUGCUCAGCAAGAGCUGCAGCUAGGGAGCUUUCCCACAAUACUCUUUUUCCCCAAACACUCGUCCAGCGCCGUCAAGUAUUCCUCAGAGAAGAGAGACGUCGAUUCAGUGAUGGCUUUUGUAAAUGCUCUGCGAUGAUGAAGUGAUCACGAUAUCUCUGCUACCAAGAAUUUAGUAAUUUGGAUGCUGAAAUAGGAAAUGUAUUAUGUGGGUGUUGCUAUGGGCAGCAGUGCAAGGCCUAGCGGUAGGAAUUGUAUAUCUUAAGUAGGCAUGCAAGCUUCUUUUCCUUUGAUCUCAGGUGAGGAAUUCAUCCUGAAAUUCGAUGUGUUGUAUUAUUUUGUAGAGUAGAAAUUGUGUGAGAUCGAUCAUCUCGUCGAUCUCUUCAUGGUUUGCAGAAUAAAGAGCAUAGCUCUCAUUUGCAACAUUACAAUUUGAGCUAAUAUUUUGUGGACUUAUAUUUUUCUGCUUA